AUGGGAAACGAUCAUAGCAAGAAGAAAUCGCACUCGGAAUCGAAAAAUGAGUUGGAAACCCCGGAAAACCAGUCAAAUCCCCAGUUGGAUGAGUAUUUUUCCCGGAUUUCCGAUGGAAAAGACGAAAUUUCCUCGGAAAAAUUGAUUCGUCUUUUUGACCAAGAUCUAGGUGAAAGUCUACUCAAUUAUUUUGCCGGCUCGAAAACCGAAAAAUACAUCACAAGGCAACAGUUUCAGCAGAAGUUUACACCGUUGUAUGGCACUUCGACUGAUAUUUAUGUGAAAAUCCUGCAACCCGUCUACCACUUCAUCAAAGUGUGCUCCGAUUCGGCAGGUGCCUCCGCCAUUCAAGGAGAUGAGCAAUUUAUCAAGAAUCUAGUUGAAAAUAUGACUUGCGGGAAGAAGGGCGACGAGGCGACUCAAUCGAUAAUGAGUUGGCGGCGGGAGUACUGUGAGAAGUUCACACAGGCGGUCCAGAAUCGAGUGGUGUCGGCGGUGACGGGGAAUAAGAUUCCCAAUCCGGACUACGCCUCCGACAUUCUCACGCCACUCCAAAUGUGGUUUGUACAAUCAUCGCUGCCCAACUUCUACUUUCCCGGAAAACCAUCGGAAACACCUGGAGACGGUCACUGGACACCUUUGUACACCUCACUUCAACACGGAAUAAGUACAAAUCGAUUCGAGACGAUGGUAUUCGAUUACCGCGGUCCUACUGUAACAAUAUUCCGGUUGAAAGAUGGUCGGGUAGUGGUGUUGGCGACGGAUCAGGAGUGGAGACACUCUGGCAGUCGUUUCGGCGGCCCAUUCACAUCAUUCUUCGAAAUAUCACCGAGAAUUCGUCGUAUCGAUGAGGCGAACUCGAUUUAUUGUAAUCUGAAAAUACGAACGGCCGCCUACGGGUUGUCGUUCAACACGAGUGAACUCAAAAUCGGAAAAGAUUUUGAUGAGGUACUCGAUAUCGAGGUCUGGGGAUGCGCCGGUGCUGGAACACUCGCAGAACAGCAGAAGUUGAAGAAUUGGCAGAAGCAGCAGGCCGAAAAACACAAGAAAGUGCCACUACCAGGAAAUUGGGAUGACAAUCCGGACAAGACACUCCUCGAAAUGGCCGGAUUCAAGUUCUCCAACGAACGUGCCGCAAUGGAAAUGGAGGCGAAACGGCAGGAACAGAUUGAGAAUAAUAAUGCGAGUCAAUCGGAUAAGAGCCAGCUGUCGGAGAAGUGA